GUAGGCUCAAAUCAAAAGACUAGUAGUGCAGAGUUUGCCAUACUCAAAGAUGCGUAUAGUGUUAGUGGUCACAGCCUUGCUGGCUGCAGCAGCAGCCUUGCCGACAGAUAUACCGGAGCCCGGACAACUGGCUCUGGUUCUCGGCGAAGAGGAAUUUGAAGACUACCUCGAUGCCUGGCUGGAGCUUGAACAAUCCAAAUCGGCUAACUCUUCCUACACUACUGAAGCUAGGAGCGGUUGCACGCUCAACGUAAACGGAGACUUGGGACAGCCUCAGCCGGUGUACAUCCGUGGUAACAACUACUUGGCCGCCACUGGCAAUACCGGCCAGAUCCGGCUCAACACUGGCGAACAAGUGACAAUCGCGUGCACUGGCUCCGGGCGUACCAUCCUGCACCCUAACAUCGCUGCUACUAGAGACGUUGCUACAGCAACCUGUGUAAGCAACAACUUAGUCUCUGGCGCUGGCUGGUUGAACGGCAAUGGAGCCUUCGGACAACUGACAUGUUCUGCACAUGCUUUCCACGAAGCUCAAUGGACCACCACUCGUUGUUUCAACAACAAUCUGGUUAUUCGUGUUGGUUUCAUCGUCAACAAUGUGUUCUACCCUCUGUACUGGUCAUGCUUCGAUCAGAACCGUCUUGAAGUUUUAUACGUCUGGUAUGACCAGAACACCGAAAACGCUGUUCACCAAAGCGGAGUUAACAGACCGAGUUGGCUAGCUGGAAGUUUCUUCCCCGGCGUUGCAGUGAACACUAUGUACACUCAAGUUAAUCAGAAAGCGGUCGUCACCCAAUUAGUUGGUGCUACAUUAGCUGAUAAGUACGUCACAACACACCAGUUCAUGGCACGUGGUCAUCUUGCUGCUAAGAGUGACUACGUCUUCGCCACUGGACAGCGCGCCACCUUCUACUUCAUCAACGCUGCUCCUCAGUGGCAGCCAUUCAAUGCUGGUAACUGGAACUGGCUGGAACAGAACCUUCGUGCUCGCAUCGGAGCUGCUGGCUACAACACCGUCAUCUACACCGGUACCUUCGGAAUUUCUCAGUUGCGCGAUCAGAACAACCGCCUAGUUGACCUUUACUUAGUGCCAGAGCGUAACCAGCUCCCAGUUCCACUUUACUUCUACAAGGUCGUGUAUGACGCAUCUCGCCGCAUCGGUACAGCGUUCGUGAGCAUCAACAACCCCUACUACACGGAGGCCGAGGUUCGUGCUCUGACCUUCUGCACUGACCGCUGCCGCAACAACAACGCCUUCAACUGGCUGAAUUGGCAGCCUGACCGCAUCGACAUCGGAUACAGCUUCUGCUGCACAGUCGAUGACUUCAGAAGAACUGUGCCCCAUCUACCCGCCUUCACCACCAAUGGACUUCUUUCUUAAACUUGUAAUCAUUUUGGUAUCUACCAUGACAAAUAAUGUAUGACUGUAAACUGUAAAUAAACUUUAUAUUUAAUGAAAA